AUGAGCGCGAAUAGUCCCUAUACAACAGCCGUAUCGAAGUCUGAAGAGGUUAAGUACAGACAAAAAUGCAAGGAUCUCAAGGCUAGGAUAGUACAAGUACAAACAGGGAAUGAGCAUCUAUUAAAAAAAUAUGAUUAUAUUAGACGAACGGUGCGACGAGCAAGAUUAGAGCGAGCUUUUUUAAUGGAACAGUUGGAAAAACAAUCUCAAGAAAAGGCCGAACAACUUGGGCAACAGUCUCGACAAUCUCCGCCGCCUCCUCCUGAAGGAAUUAAAAUCAAAAUAUCGACAAAAGGAACUCAACCACAAAACAAAAAACGAAAGUCACCUUCUACUAAGUCAGACACUUCUAAAAGUUCAAAAAAUGUUGUUAAAACCCAAGAAGACCAAGGAAACGUUGAUGGAAAUUUAGAGGAAGCAACCAACAUUGGAGCUGACACAAACACUGAGAAAGACGCUGCUUCACUUGAUGCAGAUUUGAGAGAUAGCACGCAGACAGAAGCUUCAGAAACUAAUGCAGAUGCCCAAAACGCAGAUCAAAAACCCAAUCCUGCGACUCCAAAAAUCACACAUUAUAUGGCUUUUAUGUAUUUUUCCUCUCAGGAGAAAGCGAAAUUAAAAGAAGAAGGUAGUACACUGAAGGGAACAGGAUUAAAAAAGAUGCUUGACGAUUCUUGGAAUGCUUUGAAUGAUGAAGACAAGAAAAAAUAUUUUGACGGCGCUGCUGAAGCAAAGGCGAAAAAAGAGCCUAAACGAAAAAAGACGACAAAAUCACCCGUAAAGGCAGAAGUUAAAGAAGAAAACAGAUCCAACAAUCCCGCUAUUCCUGAAACUAUUCCACCUGAUGAAGAAAAUCAAGAAAGUAGAGAUGCACCAGAAAUGGCGAGCGGAACAGAAGUUGUCCGUACCGGUGGAUUCACUGUUGUCAAUCCUUCGCCAAAGGUAGAGAAAUAA